AUAUAUCUGAUAUCUGUCAAUCUAUUUCACAAAUUGCCACAUUUUAUCAUCUGAGGUGACCAAAGACCUAGAAACAUUGCAAUGUGGCGUAUCUGGCAUCAGAAAAGAUGUGUAGUAUACUGAUGGGCAAUGGAUAGUGGUGACGAUUUUUUGUAAGAAGUGGAAUGCGAAAAACACUAAUUUUUUAUGUAUUGCUGAGGUCACAUCCUUCUAAUUUUGACGCAAUACAAUCUGCUGGAGGAGGGCACACUAAAUAUUAAGACAUCAGGUUAGUUAACGUAACUUUGUAUGAUCUGUCCAAUGGUAUAUCACAAUAGGUACUCGCUUUCAGUUGUAGCAGGGGGACCCUGUAAGUGAUUUUAGCUGUUACAUAACUUACCUAUAUUGUCGUGUUUCAAUGGAAUGUGAUGCUCGUAUCUUUAGAACUAAGACCCAAACAAUUGUCGAUAGGAAAAUAAUAUUUAUCUACAAUUAUAACAAAUAUACAAAAUAAGUCUUUACCAUUGCCUAUUGAGCACAAGAUCUGUGGAAUCGGGAUAUAAUAUAUCAUAAAUUUAUAAUGAGGCUUCAUUAUGUUUUUUCAAAUUUUAAUAGUACAUGUAUAUUCUUUAGUAUGUAAGUAUAAUAUAUUACAUAUUAUAGGUCAAGGUCAUUGAAUCACUGCACACACUGUAUAAAACUGUCUCAAGAUUUUGUCAAAUUUGCCAGUGUUUAUGUAGAAUUUUCCUGAAUUACCCCAUUGGACUAUUGUAUAAAGGUACCAAGACUAUGGGGAAGUCUAAAUAUUCAAGGAAAACUAAACCAGAAACAACAGGACAAUCUCCAAAGAUUUCAAAAGGACCAACAAAAAAUGUAGCCAAAUCCAAUAUGGCUUCCACAAGUAAUCUUUCCACAACUGGUAAAAUUUCAAAUUUGAACAGCAAUAACAACACAACUACUACAGAUGAUAUAAUGACAGUUAUAGUUGCAUUACAACAAAAGGUGGAGGAUUUGAUGGAUAGUACGAACCGUCUAGUACAACAACUGGAUUUACAGCGACAACAAUUUGUGGAUAUUUUAGACAGCCACAUAACGAAGGUAAAGUUGAAGAUUGACACUGAGAUCAGUAUUUUACGUGAUAACAUUGAUAAUAUGCACGCUCGUUUGGAUAUUUUGGAAAAUCAAGACAAAUCUGAUUCUGUGAAUUCAAAUGCGAUUGAAAUUGAGGACAACUGUAUUGUGAUUAAGAAUUUGGAUCAAACGUCGGACUUGGCUCAAACUGUGAAUGAUAUUUUUGAUGAACUAUUGAUGGAUGACAAAAUUGAAACUACCCCUGAUGGUGUCAAAAGACUACAAUCUCAACAGGACCGAUCAGGUAUCGUGUUUGUAGCCUUGACAUCACAUAGAGAUAAAAUGUGCAUACUGAAAUCGAAACAUCGCCUUAGACACUCCACAAAGUACCGCAAUGUUUAUAUUGACACCAGGAAAACUAGGGAACAACUACAGCAGGAAUAUCUAGUACGCUCUCUCAGGAAAAUGACCGGUUCUCCAAAAUGACUAUCAACCCCCCCCACACACACACAUUAGGAUUGUGGAUAAAUUAUACACAAAGGCAUAACAACUGACAUGUGUAUUUUGCCUUGGGUAACUUUAAUUCAGUAAUACCCUUGUUUACAUCCAGUCGAUCUUGGAUAUUCGACAACUGCAUAUUGCCUAUGUACACGAUUAUGGCAUCAAUUAGAUUGUAAGUUAUAGGCUAAUAAGCUUGUUUCAUCGCAGAACUACUGAACCAAGAAAAACCAUAGGAUUAUAUUUUGUAAAGAAAAGAAACACAUUGACUUAUUUGUGCGACUUGAGUAAUAACUAAAAACAUUUGACUCAUUUUUGAAUUCAUAUGGCACAGAUUAAUGUCGACAUAUAUGUACACAGUAAUUAGUUUGAUAUUUAAACUAAUAACAUAGACUCACCAUUUAAUCAUAUCGAAACUGGACAAUCAAUGGACUGAAUCGAACAAAGAAA